AACUCAUUCAUAAACCCUUCUCAAUUUUUUCCCUAGGCGUCAGCGCUCUCCCGCCAACGUCAUCUUGACAGGCCCUGCCACUCUCCAACGCCGUCGUCGGAGGCCCAGCUCUUCUCCAACGCCGUUGUCGAAGGGCCGGCCCCUCCUCAGUAGCUGUUGCCGACGAAGCCAGAGCAACCGUUCAAGAAAUUAACUUUUUCUAAAAGAGAGUAAUUAAGUGUAAAACUGAACGCCUCCUUUUCGCCCAUCUUCAAAAGCCCCUGGUAACUGCAUCUCUCCUACUUCAAUCCGUCGCUCUGCAUCUCGUUGAACGUGAUCAAGUUCAAAAGAGACUACCAUAAUCUUGAGGAUGGACCUUGACGAAUUUAGUGAACUGGAUGAUGGGAAUCAGACUAAAGUUCCCUCUCGGGUCCCCAAAUUCAGGCCAAAAUCCAGCCUUGAUAAACCCUUACCAAAACAACCGAAAAUAGAAGAAAGUUCAAAGAAAUUAGAGAAUCUUUCACUGAAGAUUGAACCGUCAGUCUUGAAUGGCACUGUAAAAAUGGAGGUGAAACCGGUGGGAGUGGAGGUCGAGGUGAAACCAGUACCCGAAGCUGAGGUGAAAACAAAAAUGGAUGAGCGCAUGGAUUCGAACCAAAACCAAUUAGAAGAGGCAGAAGAAGAUAUGAUUGUUAGGGAAAUUGAUGUGUAUUAUACUCCUUCAAUUGAUGCGGCUACUCAGUUAUAUGUAAUGCAAUAUCCAUUGAGACAAUGUUGGCGUCCGUAUGAAUUGGAUGAGAGAUGUGAAGAGGUUAGGGUUAAACCUUUGACUGCGGAGGUAGAAAUGGACUUGUCAAUUGAUGUUGAUUCAAAUAAUUGGGACAGUGACAGGGCUUGCAGGGCUAACAUAACAAAGCAGACUUUGUCUUCCUCUUGGAAUCCAUCUCUGGCAGCUGGCUAUGCUGUUGGAGUUCUCAUAGAUAAUAAGUUUGUCGUGAAUCCUAUUCAUGCAGUUGUGCAACUCCGACCAUCAAUCGAACAAUUUAAGUCUGGUGGCUCCAAAAGGAAGAACAGUGUGUCUGGUAAUGCAGAAGUUGCCAUCAAAUUAGAAGAUUCUAAUGAAGCUAAAUCUGUUGGUCUAUCAAAGAAACAGAACAAGCGGAAGGAGGCUUCUGCUGAGCAAAAAAGUACAACUGAGGACGAGUGUUGGGUUCCACUCAAGUACCAUGGGUCGAAGAGUGAUUUCUCAGCUAGAUAUCUGCAGAGAAUGUUGGCACAAGAAAAAUCUAAUUUGCACUUCACAAUGAAUCCGUAUGAAUAUGUUAACUCCUUGUGCCCUGGAGCAUGUGACAAUAACAUCGAAUCCAAAAGUCGUUCAAGAAGGUCUUUGCUUUCUAUGCCACUUGAAGAACGAGUACAGAAAUUGCUUUCGGAGGGUCCACCUGUUAAUCGAUUUAGUGCACUUAAGCACUUUGCACCUGAUGAUUCUAUUGAAGAUCUUUUAGAGAUCCUUCAGAAACAUUCCCAAUUAGUGCAAGGUCUCUGGGUUCCAAGAAGUUCAUUGCUAUUUGAAGACAAAGCUACAUGCUUAGCUAGAGAUUUCGUUCUUCUUUUAUUUAGCAAGAACUUGGCUGUCAAGUCUGAACAAUUAUUGGUUGAAGCAAAGCUUAAAGAUCACAUAAAACGGGUUCUGAAUGUAUUUGCUGUUGAGAGACCUUCCCUUAGAGAUUGGAAGUUUAAAGAGCAUAGGGAUGUCUCAUUUAUAAAAGAACACCCAGACAUUGUUAAGAAGCAAGAACAAGUUUGGGCAAAUGUAGAGAAACAGAUAAAUGAUGUUAUAAAUAGACCUAGAAAAGUUGGACCUAGUAAAGAGGUAGGUACACGAAAAUCCGGCACGGUUGAUAAGCCUCCAAAAGUGAUGAGUUCUGAUGGAGUUGCAAGUGGAGUGCUAAGUGGGAAGCCCAUGUCUAAUGAAAGUCGAGAAGCGUUGCCCAAGGCCUUGCAGAAAAUUUUCCAGAUGCACAAGGUUUGCAGUAAGCAGUUCAUUCGAGAUAGUUUGCGGGAGAGGGCUGUAUCCCGGUCUAUGGUUCCCAAGCAAGGCGUUGAUGCUAAAAUAGCUAUACUUGCAGCAGAUGGUGUCGACUCUAUUGAUUUUGAGGAAGUCAUAAGUCAAGUUGCGACCAACAUUCAUGGCUACUAUGUUUCAAAGUCAUCCUCAGAGCACCCGGAAUAUGAUCAACUGAGGAAAGUUGUGAUUAAUUUGCUACUUGCUGGAGGACCUGAUACAAAACUUAAGAAGGCUGAUGUUAUAGAAGCUGCCAGGCUUACUUUGAAAAGAGAUAAUAUCACAGAAAAUGAAUAUAAGAAGGUGAUGAGUGACAUUUGUGAAUCCAAAGGUGGCUCAUGGGUCCUGAAAAAGCAUAAAUGGGUUGCUUAGUAAUGUGUUUGUCCUGGAUGGUAAAUACAUAUUUCUUUUCAAUCCUCAUUCAAACUUUUUUUUUUUUUUUGGCAUUUGUGUUGGAUAGUAAAUAGAUUUUUGUCCUCAAUCAAGCAUCCUAGCAAUUCCAAAAUUUAUUUAUUAAAUAUUCUUUAAUUUUUUUUGUUA